CUCCACCCCCUUCGCGGUCGCAGUUAUAUAUCUUGGGUCGUACGUGUAUGGUGCUGCGUGACUUUCAACAGCUGUCGAAUAACAUUUUUUGUUACGUUUUCAUGGCAUAAAAAGGUCGCAUCUUAUUUAAGAUAUUUUAGCAUGAACUUCAUCAGACCCUACAAUGCCCUUGGCACCACCAUAGGUCAAUGGUGCAGACAGGGACAGAUGGGGGGACGGAGCAGAGCUCUGGCUGAGCUGGGGGGACAGAGGAGGAUGUGCAGUAAACCUCAGACAGGAAACCCAGAACCUCCGCCUGCAACACCUGCAGUCCCAGCACAUGAUCCCCGUCCAGCCUUUAAACUCCCUGGCUACAGACCCUCUCCCAUGGACCGGAGGAUCCUGGUCUGGUCUGGACGCUUCAAGACCCCUGACCAGAUCCCAGAGCAAGUGUCGUUUGAGAUGCUAGAUGCAGCCAGGAACAGGGUGAGAGUGAAAGCGUGUUACGGGAUGAUUAUUGCCACCAUUGCAGCCUGCCUGUUAACUGUCAUCCUGGGGAAGAGGGCUGCCGGCAGGCAUGAGUCUCUAACAGCUCAGAACAUGGAAAAGAAAGCAAGAUGGAGGCAGGAGGCCAAGAUGGAGAGGGAGGAGGCUGCUGCUGUUGAGAAGACUUCUUGAGGAAGACACCCUCCUGUGUCACUCUGGAAAAGCUCCCGCACUUGACUCUUCCUGUCUGUCACACUCGGUAGAGAGAGGACUCCUCAUGGAUAAAACCCAUUUUAGCAUGGACAUUGCCAUAGAGGGCUUAAACCAUUUUAAAGUAGUCAACUGAGUGGAGAGCAAUUGGCCAAUAAGAAAAUGUACUACUUUAAAAUGGAUAUGGCCUCCAUGGCACUGCUCAUUCUGUCACAUGCGCUAUAAUGGCAUAGAUACAAAGAUGAGUCCUCUAUCUACCUCUAUGGUCACACUAAGAACUCCCCGACUGGACCAACAGUGGUUCUGCAGCUGCUGUACCCAGCUACUCAACCUCGAUCUCUAGUACCAUAGGACUAUUUCCUCCAAUCAGUAAUUAGGAUUUCAGUAUAGUAGUUAACAGCCCAUAUUGCUCGCAGCUGUAUUUAUUUUAUAUGUCUGGUUCUUUGUUUUCUUAACAACCUCCAACCGAAAAGGUUGUUUUCCUUUUAAAUUAAUGGAUUAAAUAUCAAAAUGUCUCAUUUAA